AUGAUGAAGAAGUAUUGCCCUGACCCCGCCCGCUACUAUCGCCGGGACCCUGUUCUACAGAAAUGGAAGUACAACGACAUAUACAUGCUGCUCACCUAUUCCCGUAUCGUCGAUCUGCCGGUAUGGACGAAGACUUCGGAAAGGGCCAAUUUGGUCGGUGACAACAGUCUUGGCCUCGACGGUGUCGACCAGAGGCUCAGACGGCUCUCUCGACUAUCAUAUCGAGAGCCUCUUAACACGGGCCGUGUUGAAGGCUGGUAUCCCCUACGCAUGGAACUAAGGUCUGGAGAGCUGAAGCCCAACACAACUCUGCGAAAUGGCUUUCGCUGGAGAUACAUGAAGACACUCCAAAGCACCGAGGUAACCGAGUCUUGUUACAAUGACGACACCAAAUGA